CAACGUUUUCUCUAAUUAAAGAACAUUUUUUUGGGCGAAAAUCACAGUAAGCAGCGGAUUGCAAUUAAAGAAACUAAUAAAGUUUUCUCAAAAAAAUUGAUUUCUCCGUUAGCAAAAAGUGUUCAAGCAGUUACCAAGAAUUUUCUAGACUUUUUAAUAACGAUAGUUAGAGCUUCUUUAAAACCAUGGAUUUGUACUAUUUGCCCGGUUCGGCGCCUUGCCGUGCGGUUAUAAUGACAGCUAAAGCUUUGGGCUUACAGCUGAAUAAGAAACUAUUGAAUUUGAUGGCUGGUGAACAAAUGAAGCCGGAGUUUUUAAAACUAAACCCUCAACAUACUAUACCGACUUUAGUUGACGGUGAUUUCUCGCUAUGGGAAUCACGUGCUAUUAUGGUCUAUUUAGUGGAAAAGUACGGUAAAACCGAUUCCCUUUAUCCUAAAUGCCCCAAGAAACGGGCUAUUAUCAAUCAGCGUCUAUACUUUGACAUGGGCACCUUGUACAAGAGCUUUGCCGACUAUUACUAUCCACAAAUCUUUAGUAAGGCUCCUGCCGAUCCAGAAAUGCACAAAAAGAUAGAAACUGCCUUCGACUUUCUAAAUAGUUUCUUGCAAGGCCAGCAAUAUGCGGCCGGUGAUACGUUAACUGUAGCCGACAUAGCCUUAUUGGCUACCGUUAGCACUUUUGAAGUGGCUGGCUUCGAUUUCAGCAAAUACCCCAACGUAGCAAAAUGGUAUGCUAAUGCUAAAACAGUUACACCCGGUUUCGACGAAAAUUGGCAGGGCUGCUUGGAGUUUAAAAAAUUCUUUAAUUAAUUAAACGGGCAUCAGUAAAGAGGAGAUUUCUGUUAGCUAUAGUUAUUUUUUUAUAUACAUUAAACUCUUAUGUGAGAAAAUUGCAUUGUUUAAAAAUGAAUUAAAAAUUCCAUAAAAAAUACUAAAAACUUAAGCAGCGUGUUUGAGAGUGAUGCAUAAAAAUCAGAUAGGGGUAUAGAAACCGAUGACAUCUAGUUCUCUUUUUUCAUUGCUAUCCUGUACAUUACAAGUACAAGUUCUGAUUAAGCAUCUGAGACGUUUCGGUUUGCACUUGAACUUGAAUGUGGUCCGUAGAUAUUCAACUCAAAAUUUCUUUUUUUUUUGUCUUAUACGUGACCAGAUCUCAAGUAUCGCAUAAAAUUUGCUUGCGCUUUUAAAAGUCUUUAAAGCGCACUCUGGGCUUUGAGAAAAGAAACCAAAAAAAAAA